ACGUACGUACGUACGUACAUGCUGACGACAUUUUAGCAGAUAAUUUCAUUUUAAAAUACGGUACAAGAAUUGCGGAUUUAUGCGUUCACGUCGACAUCCGCAACGACGUUGCGCGAGUCCGAUCAUCACGGAUCGAUCCGGCGAUCGCGAUUCAUAACUGCUUUCUUUUCCGUGCUACUGGCAAAUUCGUUAUCACGAGCGAUAACAAUUUUACCAAAUCGGUAACGACGCUCCUGCGAAUCGAUUCCUCUGAGCAAUCUUACGUAUCUGUCUCCCUUGCAAAAAUCCUACUGUGCCAUACUGUAUCACAUGUCAAUAUUGAAGUGCAAUUUUCUUCAAGUCUUUUUUACGAUUUGAUGUGAUUUAUGGAUAAAAAAGCACAUGAACGAGAAAGAAAAACACGAGUCGUGCGAAUGAUCCUCGUCAACAUAAAUGAGUGCUACACCUUGAGCAAAAAAAGGAAAGAGGAGAAACGCAUUUCUCGAGGUAAUGGAUUCUAUGGAUCAAACGUGUGGCGUCAGGACGAAAGUAAAACAUUCUAGCAGCAAUGAUUGUUCCGUGAACAAUGAAUCGAGGAAGACACAGACAUGUUCCUUUGAGGUGUCGAGCACUUUGGCAACUAUAAGUAGUUCUGACAGCACAUUUGAGAGCGGUGCCUUGGAAAGCGGCACCAGUGGCACAGGUGUGUUUGAAAACAAUCUUGUUUGCGAGGCUACACAGAGUGCACAAAUGUGUGAGUCUAUGGAAUUUUCCAUAGAAAAUGAGGUCAAGCUGGAGGGUGACAAAUGUGCUAAAACUGAUGAGACGUUGAAGAAAGAAAGUGAUACUGGUAACAGACCACAUACUAGUCUGGCCGAUGUAUCAGAAGCGGUGACUUGUCAAGACGAUAGUCUGUCUUCUUCCCAGGACAACGAACCAAUUGUGCAUGCGGAUCAAAGUAAAGUCAAGAGAAGCAUCUCGAAAGGUCAAGCACAUGGCAACAGCGGUACAUCGAUGGAAAGAUUGGACGACAGUUCGGAUGAAGAUUCAAACAAGCGGCAAAAGUUAAAUAAGAGUGCGCAUGAUAGCAGUGUUGAAAAUGCGAGUGACGAUACGAUAACGUUCAGAACCAAGUCAAAGAUGAAGCAACGGAAUUAUCGUAAGAGGCGGAACAUAGCGAGUGACAACGAAGAUAGUUCUGGCAACACCCUGUCUAACGAGACAACGAGAGAAGCCUCUACACUUGACACGGACGGAGGAAACGUUGCAUCCGUCAGCACUAGAAACGAAUCGCCUAGUCAUAACGAUGCGUCAAAGUUGACGUGCUCGUGUAGCUCGGAGACUCGGGCUGGAGACGCGGGAACGACCAACGAUAGAUCUGAACGGAACAAGGAUGAACGAGGUGAUUUGAACGAAUGGAGUACGGCCAGUGAGAAUGAGUGGGACGAGGGAGAGGAGGAUGACAAGAAAGUAGCUCAUUGUCUGGGAAUGAAGCGACCGUUUCCCAACUGGUGCAUAGUGCCAGAAGUUGUAAAUCGCCAAAUAGGUAGUAAUCCAUUGUUCCAAAGAAGAUUUUAUGGUUCUUUACACGCAGUAGAACGGCUCGAGCUCAUGUACAAGCUUGACGAGCAUCAGGGUUGCGUAAACGCCUUAAACUUCAAUCAAAACGGUAAUUUAUUAGCGAGUGCCUCCGACGAUUUGGUGGUUGUUAUUUGGGAUUGGGCCACUGGAAAGAAGCGCCAUCGGUUCGAGAGUGGUCACAUAAGAAAUAUCUUUCAAGCGAAAUGGUUACCAUUAGACCCGGAAUAUCUGAUGGUCACUUGUGCUCGAGAUGGUCAGGUACGUUUACUGGAUCUUCAGCACAAUACGUCAAAGAGGCUGGCCGCACAUCGCGGACCGUCGCAUAAACUGGCUGUACAUCCCGAAACACCUCACGUGGUCUUGUCCGCUGGAGAGGACGCGAGAGUAUUCUCGAUAGAUAUUCGAGAGAGCAAAGUAAACAAGCUGCUGGUAGUGAAACAUGGUACGCUGGAAGUACAACUGUACAGUAUACAUUCUAAUCCCUUUAAUAGUAAUGAAUUUUGCGUCGGCGGCCGUUCCCGUUACGUAAAGGUGUACGAUCGACGGAAAGUCUCGAGACCGCUCUACAAGUUGUGCCCCAGCCACGUGACGGGAAAUAUCGCGCACGUAACGUGCGCCGUCUACAAUUACGACGGGACGGAAAUUCUCGCAUCGUACAACGACGAGGACAUAUAUCUAUUUGACAAAUUCACGUCAUCGUCCGUGGAUAUAGAUAGCGUUCAUAGAUACCAAGGUCACAGAAACAGCGCAACCGUAAAGGGCGUCAACUUCUUCGGACCUAAAAGCGAGUACGUGGUAUCCGGCUCCGACUGCGGUAAUAUAUUCAUUUGGGACAAGAACACGGAAGCCAUCGUGCAGUGGAUGGAGGGAGAUAAGCAGGGAGUCGUGAAUUGCUUGGAAGGGCACCCACAUAUUCCCAUUCUCGCGACAAGUGGAUUGGAUUACGAUGUUAAAAUAUGGGCGCCGUCCUGUGGAAAAUCUCCAAUGAUGAAUUCUUUAGCAGCCUGUAUCAAGCGCAACGCAAACACGAGGAAGGAGGAGAACGAGCCGAACACGUUCAAUGGUCAUGUAUUUUGGAUGUUACUGCGGCACAUCCGCUUCACGGACAGAGUGAAUCCAUACACUCUUUACAACCGCUAUGGUGGAGCAGAAGAGGAACGCGGGGAUGAGCAAGACAAUGAAGAUGAGAACGACGACGACGACAACAACGGUGAUGAUGAUGACGACGACGACGACGACGACGACGACGACGACGCCAAUAACGAUGAUGACGAUGACGACGACGACAAUGACGAUGAAGACGACGACGAUGAUGAUGAUAUUUAUCAUUUUAAUAAUUCGUCGAAUGAUAAUUUGUCGGAAAACAGCGACAGCCACUCGGAAAGUAGCGACGUCGGAAGAAUACAAUGUCCCCCAUCUUAGAGACGCCAUUCAAUUUCGUUCAGUCUCGUGCAAUUUUGUGCUGUUGUGUGAUAACGUUUGCACAAGUUUGUUUCGAAGUAUUAGUUGAUUAGUCGUUUUUGCCAAAUUAUAACUUCUAUCGAAUUAUUGUCAAUAGCGUUUAUGUAGUGGAGUGUAAAAGAAGAAGAUCGCACAUAAAUUCUGUAUUCUGGUUGCUCUUUUUUUUAUUAACUCCAAGUAAUCGAUAAUGUAAACUACGUACACGUAAGUGGUCUAGCGUUGUAUUGUAACUUUUAAAUAUGUAUGUGAUGUUUGAAUAGGUAAACCGCUAAACGGAUACCUAUAUAAAGACUGUACGAUAUUAGGAUAACAACAGGGGAAGAGAGAGAAUGUAAUAUUUUAUAACAGUUGCAUAACGCCAAGGUGUAAUAUCGGUGAAAAAAAAAAACAAAAAAAACGUAUAAAUUUCAA